AUGUUCGCUGAGCUGGGACGUAUGGCCAGGCCUGGCGGGUGUGGGCUGGAGAAGCCUGGAGAACAGAGGCAGACAGAUGAGAGGGCUGGACAGACUGUGAAGCCCCCUGAGUGGCUGGAGAGAGAGCUGCUGAGACAGGAGCACCGGCGUCACUCCGUUGCCCUUGGAGACAGAGCUAAACUUAGCACACAGCAGCAAUGCAUGUCUAAUCCUGAUUACACUCUCUGCAAACUGAAGACUGAUGUUCAAAUUCAGGAACUGUUCAUGAAGAUUGAUUACUCUGGGCAAGGUCGGAUUCAAUGGGGUGAAUUCUGCACUUACAUGAAGCUGGAGUACACAGAGAAAGAGGAGUCAGUGUCACGCAGCAGACAGGCGGCCUUUACUUUGCCUGCAGACAGAAAAGCACUGAGCCAUGGUGAGCCCGUUCUGAGAAUCCAUCCUGCCUCCGACGGAAACAUAGUCACAGUGAGGGAGGAUGGGACUGUCAACUACUGGAGCCCUGAUCUCUGUCUAAAGAGGAGCAAGACUGUGUUUCAUGAAAGACCCAUCACUCGGAAACCAAAAUGGGCGACUGACUUCGUCAUAAUGGCUCAGUACAAUAAACUGAUCAUUGGGACUGGGGACAAGGAGAUCCAGAUGUAUGAGCUGUCCUCUCUGGAGCCCUACUGCCAAGUGAACUCACUGGACACUGUCCCUCUCACACUAGACUACUGUCACACAGGUCCAGACAAAUGCAUCCUUCUGUAUGGAGACGUUCAGGGCUGUGUCAGCAUCAUCCUAAUGACAGCCGCCGGAGAGACUCUGCGAAUGUGGAAGAAGCUGCCAAAGGUUGAAAACAUACCAAACAUAGAUAUUGACAAUGCAGUGCUGUCUCCACAUGUGACAUACAUUCGAUGGAAAGUCCACGAGGGCUGGGUCACAAAGGUUAAAUAUUAUCAAAAUAUUGGAGCUGUGGUGUCCACAUCAAACGAUGAAGCUUCUGCUCUUGUUAUUGGUAAUGUCCAUAGCUGCGCUGUUCCAUCGACCAACAUCCAACAGCAGUUGCGGGAGAUCGAGGAAAUCUGUCAUGAGGGCAAACUCAAGAAGGUCACACCCAUCCUCGGCACUCCUCAGCGGAGGGCAGCUAGUAAUCAGACAGUGUUUUCUAUUUGCAAAGGGGUUAUGACCUUUGACCUUUGUAAAAAGCACAAUCUCCUGGUGACAGGAGGAAUGGAUAGACAUGUGCGCCUGUGGAAUCCAUAUACUCCUGGGAAGCCAGCAGGGACACUGAAGGGGCACACUGCUCCUGUAUUCUACCUCUUCAUUUCCUCAGAGGACCAGCACAUCGUCUCCGUCUCAACGGAUAAUUCUGUUAAAAUCUGGGAUAUCCAUGAUGAAUCAUGCCUGUUCACUGCACACCCUAGAACCAGCCUAAUCUCCGGAGAUCUGUCAGCAUGUCUCUACUCUCCCUUGGUCAAACGACUCUAUGUGGCCACCGACUCCCUCGCUGUGUUGCCCCUAAAGACAAGGUCCCUGCAUCAUGGCCGUGUGACUGUGUCUCAUGGGGAGUCGGUUAUGUGCUGUGGUUACUCAGAGGCCUUUCGACAGGUGGUCAGCUGCACAGAGGGCUCAGUUGUGAAAGUGUGGGAUGUGGACACGGGACAGCAAGUAUUUGAAUAUGGAGGUGCUCAUGGACACGCAGCCAUCACGUGCAUGGCCUUUGACCUGCUUGGCAGACGACUGGUGACUGGGGGAAGAGAUGGUUGCCUUAAAAUCUGGAACUUUAGCAAUGGACAUUGUCUUAAAACUCUCAGCAGAGAUGCUGGCAAGUGUGCUGAGGUUUGUGACUGUACCUAUUUAAAAGUUCACAGGAACACGUUUGUGAUGUCUGUUGGCUGGGCUCGGAGAAUUGACAUUUACUUUGAUUCACCAGAUGACACCCAUCACGUUCAGAGACCACAGUCCUCUUGGCCGGAUGAUAUGAGAAAAGGGCAUAAAGAAGACAUUCUGUGUAUUGCGGCAUGUCCGCCCUCUCUCCUGGCCACCAGCAGCAGAGAUGGAGAGAUCAUCGUGUGGAAUCUGGUGUCUGGGCACAUUCAGUGUCACUUUCUCACCCCUCCGCUUUCCCCUGACUGCAACAGGGCCCAGGAGUACGACUGUUUCCCACUGUCACAGCGCCUAGGGUAUGACUGUUUCCCAUUGUCACAGUGCCCAGGGUACGACUGUUUCCCACUGUCACAGCGCCCAGGGUAUGACUGUUUCCCGUUGUCACAGCGCCCAGGGUACGACUGUUUCCCACUGUCACAGCGCCCAAGGGUACGACUGUUUCCCACUGCCAUAGUGCCCAGGGUACGACUGUUUCCCACUGUCACAGCGCUCAGGGUAAAACUGUUUCCCACUGCUAUAGUGCCCAGAGUACGACUGUUUCUCACUGCCAUAGUGCCCAGGGUACGACUGUUUCCCACUGUCACAGUGCCCGGGGUACGACUGUUUCCCACUGCCAUAGUGCCCAGGUGGACUGGUGACCUGUCCAGGACUGCUGUGCCUCUGCUAGUCCUAGACAGAAGUGUCCUGAGCUUGGUUUUCCUGCGAUCUGGGGUGCAGGGUGUCAUCUCCCACCCUACAACUUGUCUAAUAUCAUCUGGACCACAAGGCUACAUCCAUUUUUGGAGCGUGCUGAAUGGGGGAAAAUUUGUGGCUUCUUUUGCAGCGUCCAGAUGUCAGCAGCAGAUCACAAAGAUGACGGUGACAACAGAUGAGGGCACGCUGUUCACUGCUGACCAUGUGGGCUAUAUCUAUGUCUAUGAUAUAAAGUCAUAUGCACAAAGUCUAGAAAAAAAAACACCAAAAACUGUAAAUUAUUGGCGGGCACACGUUAGCAGCAUAACUGGCUUGCAGAUAAUAGAGAAAGAGCAGGUGCUGCUCACCUCCUCCGUGGACUACACCGUUCGCUUGUGGAGUGUACAUGGAGAAUUCAUAGGUACCUUUGGACAAACUGAGAGAUGGAGCAUCCAUACAAGGUCCUCUUGGAAGCAUCCUGCUGUUCCCUACGAGGUUCUGACUGAUCCAUUAAGCAUGCCCUCUCAUAGCAUUCUAACUGGACCAGCGGGCCUGGCUGAUAGUACCAGCUCUGCCUGGGCAGGAGAUCAGAUGGGUGCCGAGGCAGAGAAGCACAGUCAGCUUCGACACCCUCCACUGUGUAUUAGUGACAGAGACAUAGAGGAAGAGAUGAACAACUUUAGUUACCCACCAAAACAAGGGACACGACUGCGUCAUGAAAUAUUCAAACAUGCCAACAAAGAUCUCAGCUGUGGGGACACCAAAGCCUACUACAAUCCGAAGUAUUUUGAUAUAGCUGACACUCCAACUCCCUUUGAGAGGCCUGAUCUUUCCCUUGCUGGGAUUGAUCCUUUCAUAUCCAGCUUUGUGAAAGAAGAGCCUGCUGAAUGA